AUGACGAAACUACCUUUCUUCCGCUCGAUUACCCUGCUGCCCUUCCUCGUCUUUCUUCUCCCGUCCAUGUCCUUUUUCGUAAAUUCAAAAUGCAUUCCCGCCGAAAGAACUGCCUUGCUACACAUGAAAAAAGCGUGGGGCAACCCCACAACCCUCAAACACUGGACCCCCACGUCAUCUCCCUGUCACUGGCUGGAAAUCAACUGCUCCAUCAACUGCGCCGUCACCGGAAUCAACAUCAACAACUACAACAUCACCGGCGCCGUGUCGGACUCCAUCGGUGGCCUCCACAACCUAAUCCAUCUCGAUUUCGGUAUCAAUAAUCUGGAGGGACAAUUCCCGGCCGCCGUACUCAACUGCUCAAGGCUCAGGUAUUUGGACCUCUCACAAAACCGCUUCAUGGGAGAUAUUCCGGCCGAAAUCGAGCGGCUCAAAUCACUCCAGCACUUGGACCUCAGCGGCAACAGCUUUUGCGGCAGCAUCCCGCGGGAGAUCGGAAGCCUGCCGGAGCUUCGUGACCUGCUCUUGGGCGAUAAUUUGUUCACAAGCUAUCCGGUGGAGAUCUCCAACCUUUUGAAUCUGGAGAUCUUCUAUCUUUCUAACAACACCUUCAAGCCGGCGAAUUUACCUCACGAGUUCGGAAAGCUCACCAAACUCAAGGUUUUUUGGAUGAGGAUGGCGAACAUCAACGGAGAGAUUCCCGACAGCUUAGGGAAUUUGUCCAGCCUCACCUCUUUGGACUUGCCUAUCAACGAUAUCCAAGGUAAAAUCCCAAACAGCCUUUUCUUGUUGAGAAAUUUGAGCAUAAUUUAUUUGUUUACCAAUCGGCUUUCGGGUCCGAUUCCUCAAGUAAUCGAGUCGUUGGAUUUGGUGGAAAUCGACCUAUCCAUGAAUUACUUGACCGGUCCGAUCCCGGAAGAUAUUGGGAAACUCGAAAAGUUGGAGCUUUUGUAUCUUUAUAGAAACAAUCUAUCGGGUGAAGUGCCAGCGAGCAUAGGCCUACUUCCCAGCCUUCAAUAUUUUGUUGUUUUCACGAAUAAUCUAAGUGGAGCUCUACCCGAUGAAAUGGGAAAACACUCGAAGCUCAUUGACAUCGAAGUUUGUGACAAUCUUUUCACCGGAAAACUGCCGGACAAUUUGUGCGGAGGUGGUGUUUUGGAUCAUGUGUAUGCUUUUGGAAACAAUUUUACGGGCAAUAUUACGAUAUCAUUAGGAAAUUGCCAAACCCUUGUCGUCGCGUGGCUGUUCAGGAAUAGCUUCUCCGGCGAGCUCCCGAGUAAAAUAUUUCCGAAUUUAACUGAGUUCGAUGUAAGUGACAACGAGUUUAGCGGUGAAAUUCCGACUAAUGUUUCGUCGUGGACAAAUUUGGGUGUGUUCAAGGCAGGCAACAACAAGUUGUCGGGCACAAUCCCGACUGAAUUGGCAAGCCUACAAAUGCUUUCGACUUUGAAUCUUUCCUCCAACAAUUUAUCGGGUUCGAUUUCACCUGAUUUUGGUUCUUUACAUGCACUUGAAAGUUUGGAUUUGUCGAAUAACCAACUUUCAGGUGAGAUCCCAACUCAGUUAGGAAACUUGACACUCACUUUCCUAAACCUUUCUUCGAAUCAACUCACCGGACAAGUUCCCGACAAGUUAGAUAAUGUCGCGUUUAAUGGAAGUUUUCUGAACAAUCCGGGUCUUUGUGCCAAAUUCAAAAUCUCCGACCUUCCUGCUUGCAGCGCCGAAUCUCCAAAAUCGAUGAAUCAUAAAGUGUGGGGCAACACAACAGCCAUCCAACACUGGACCCUCGCGCCGUCUCCCUGUCACUGGCGGGAGAUCAACUGCUCUGCCGCUGGAGCCAUCACAGGAAUCAACAUCAACAACUACUACAUCACCGGUGCCGUGUCGGACUCCAUCGGCCACCUCCACAACCUAAACCAUAUCGAUUUCGAUAACAAUAAACUCGAGAGAGAAUUCCCGGCCGCUGUACUCAAGUGUUCGAUGCUCGAGUAUUUGAACCUCUCAUACAACCACUUCAAUCGAUCGGCUCAAAUCUCUCCGGUGGAGAUCUUCAACCUUUUGAACCUGGAGCACUUAGAUCUUUCUAACAACACCUUCAAGCAGGAGAAUUUACCUCACGAGUUCGGAAAUCUCAGGAAACUCAAGUUUUUUUGGAUGAGGCUGGUGAACAUCACCGGAGAGAUUCCUGAGAGCUUGGGGAAUUUGUCCAGCCUCACCUCUUUGGACUUGCCUUUGAACCAUAUCGAAGCCUUUUUUGUUGAGAAAUUUGAGAUAAUCGAGUCAUUGGAUUUGGUGGAAAUCGACCUAUCCAUGAAUUACUUGAGUGGUCCCAUCCCGAAAGAUAUCGGGAAACUCAAAAAGUUGGAGCUUUUUGGAGCUCUACCUAAUGAAUUGGGAAAACACUCGAAGCUCAUUGACAUCGAAGUUUGUGACAAUCUUUUCACCCGAAAACUGCCGGACAAUUUGUGCGGAGGUGAUGUAAGUGACAACGAGUUUAGCGGUGAAAUUCCGACUAAGGUUUCGUCGUGGACGAAUUUGGGUGUGUUCAAGGCAGGCAACAACAAGCUGUCGGGCACAACCCCGACUGAAUUGGCAAGCCUAAAAAUGCUUACGACUUUGAAUCUUUCCUCGAAUAAUUUAUCGGGUUCAAUUUCACCUGAGUUUGGUUCUUUACAUGCACUUCAUAGUUUGGAUUUGUCGAAUAACCAACUUUCGGGUGAGAUCCCACCUCAGUUAGGAAACUUGACACUCACUUUCCUAAACCUUUCUUCGAAUCAUUUCACCAGAAAAGUUCCCGACAAGUUAGAUAAUGUGGCGUUUAACGGAAGUUUUCUGAACAAUCCGGUCUCGCUUAACCUCUCUUCCAAUCAACUCACGGGAAAAGUUCCCGAUGAAUUUGAUAACAUGGCUUACAAAGACACCCUCCUCAUCCUCCUCCUCCUCCUCUCCACCGUGCCCCUUUCUGUAAUUUCACAAUCCAACCGCUCCGAGAGAUCCGCCCUGUUGAGCCUCAAAGCCCAAUGGGGCGACCCCCAUGGCCUGCUCCAAUCCUGGAACGACACGUCGCCCCACUGCGACUGGCCUGGAAUCCAGUGCUCCGCCGCCGGCGGCGCCGUCGCCGCCCUCAUCCUCAACAACUUCAAUCUCAGCGGCGGCGUCCCGGACUCCAUGUCCAGCCUCGAGAGCCUCACAGUUCUUGAUCUUGGCUUCAAUUACUUUGCCGGAAAAUUCCCCACGGCGGUUUUGAACCUCUCGAAGCUCGAGUAUCUCGACCUCUCGCAGAACUACUUCGCGGGGGCUAUUCCGGCGGGAAUCGGCCGGCUGGAGUCGCUCCGGUACCUCGAUCUCAGCGCUAACAGCUUUACCGGCGAUGUUCCUCCGGCCAUCGGGAACCUCAAGCAGCUUCGGACUCUGUACCUCUACCAGAAUUUUCUCAACGGGAGCUACCCGGUGGAGAUCUCGAAUCUGGAGAAUCUCGAGACACUAGGCCUGGCGUUUAACCGCUUCACGCCGGCGGCCAUACCGCCGGAGUUUGGGAGAUUAACUAAAUUGGAAGUUUUCUGGAUGAAGAAAGCAAACGUGGUCGGUGGAAUACCCGUGAGCUUCGAAAAGUUAUCGAGCCUGACGAAGUUGGAUUUAUCGGAGAACGGUAUGGAAGGCCCGAUUCCAGCUGGCUUGUUCUCGCUGAAGAACUUGAGUAGGGCUUAUCUGUUUUACAAUAGAUUUUCCGGUUCGAUUCCUCCGGUGACCGGCUCAUUUGGUUUGGUCGAGAUCGACCUAUCUAUGAACAACUUGACGGGCAAAAUUCCUGAGCAUUUUGGGAAGCUGAAAAGUUUGGAGGUUUUGAAUCUGUAUGCAAAUAACCUGUUUGGUGAAAUUCCUCAAACGAUUGGACUGUUACCAAAUUUGAAAACAUUCCGGGUUUUCAAGAACAAUUUAAGUGGGAUAUUGCCACCUGAAAUGGGCAGCCACUCGAGGCUCGAAUCUUUCGAGGUUUCCGAUAAUCAUUUCGCCGGUAAUCUGCCGGAAAAUUUGUGCUCCGGUGGUGCUUUGAUUGGCGUGGUUGCUUUUAGCAACAAUUUAGCGGGAAAAAUUCCAGAACCACUCAGCAGUUGUCAAACCCUUCGUACAGUUCAGCUUUAUGGCAAUAAUCUAUCAGGUGAAAUCCCAUCAGGCCUUUGGUCUGUACUAAACUUGACCAGUCUCAUGUUGAGCGAUAACAGGUUUUCUGGAAAGCUCCUGAGUAAAGUAGCCCCGAAUUUGUCUCGUGUGGAAAUAAACAACAACGAGUUUUCAGGCGAAAUUCCGUCUGAGAUUUCGUCUUGGACGAGUUUAGCUGUGUUUAAGGCAAGUAACAAUAUGUUAUCCGGCUUAAUCCCGAAAGGGUUGACUAAUCUUUCCCAGCUCAUCACGUUGAUGCUCGAUGGGAAUUCACUUUCCGGUGUAUUACCAUCUGAGGUAACUUCAUGGAAAUCUCUCACUAUUCUGAAUCUAGCCAGAAAUAAUUUAUCCGGCGAAAUCCCACCUGUGUUUGGCUCUUUGCCUCACCUUCUUGAUUUAGACUUGUCGAGCAAUCACAUUUCAGGUAAUAUCCCUCCUGCCUUUGAACAUCUGAAGCUAACUUCUCUUAACCUAUCUUCGAAUCAACUCACCGGGAGAAUACCGAGUGAGUUUGAUAACAUUGCUUACGAAAACAGCUUCUUGAACAACCCAAAUCUUUGCACCACCACAAACAAAAUCUCGAACCUUUCCAGUUGUGUUAUUUUGAAAUCUCGGGUCAUCAAAAAACAGUCACACGGAUAUUUAUCCACGAUUCUAGCUCUAUUACUGGCUCUUUGUUCGAUCGCCAUUUUCGCCACGUGUUUUUCAGUUAAGUACUUCAGGCGAAAGAAGCUUAGCCGUAAUAAGGCUACGUGGAAAUUAACCUCCUUCCAAAGAUUGAAUUUUACUGCUGGAAAUAUUCUGUCUAGUUUGGCAGAAAGUAAUAUGAUCGGCAGUGGUGGGUCGGGCAAAGUGUACAAAAUCCCGGCCGAUCGUGAAAAUGAAUAUGUGGCCGUGAAGAGGAUUUGGAGCGAGAAGAAAAAGGAUCAUUUUCUCGAGAAAGAAUUUCUAGCCGAGAUCGAAAUACUCGGUUCUAUUCGCCACUCGAACAUCGUGAAGCUUCUGUGUUGUGUUUCGGGGGAUGAUUCGAAGCUUCUUGUUUAUGAGUAUAUGGAAAAUCAGAGUCUUGAUAUAUGGCUACACAUGAAAAGGAGAAAAGCUUUUCAAGCUCGGGUUAGCAAAGAUGUUUUGGAUUGGCCUUCAAGGUUGAGAAUCGCCAUUGGAGCUGCGGAAGGCCUUUGCUACAUGCAUCACGGUUGUGAUAUGCCGAUUAUUCAUCGUGAUGUGAAAUCGAGCAACAUCUUGUUGGAUUCUAAUUUUAACGCGAAAAUAGCCGAUUUCGGUUUGGCCAAGAUUUUGGCCAAGAAAGGGGAGGCUAAUACAAUGUCUGCUGUUGCUGGCUCCUUCGGAUAUAUUGCUCCUGAAUAUGCUUAUACGACGAAAGUGAAUGAGAAAAUCGACGUUUAUAGCUUUGGGAUCGUGCUGUUAGAGAUCAUGACCGGUAAGGAGCCCAAUAUAGGGAACGAGCAUAUGGGCCUUGCCGAGUGGGCCUGGGAACACUACGGACAAGGAGAGCCCAUUUACGAUGCUUUGGAUGAGGAGAUAAAAGAAGAAUGUUUUGCUCAAGAAAUGGCGACUGUUUUCAAGCUGGGGCUCAUGUGCACAAGCUCGAUUCCCUCCAAUCGACCCUCGAUGAAAGAGGUUUUGCAGAUUCUUCAAAGGUGCAGAUUUUCUGAAGGGAAAGCGGAAGGAGAUGAAUUUGAUGCAGAUCCUCUUUUUGGGGACGAUAAGUAUGUUUCGAGUUAUCUGUGUAAGUCGAAGAAAGUAUCGGAGGAUAGUGAAAGUGAUGAAAGCUUGUUUACUCUUGUGUGAUGUAAGGUGUUGUGUCUAAUUUUAGGCAAAAUAAGGUUGUGGAUUUGAUGUAGCUGAAAAAUAUGUAAGGAUGACAAUAAGUUAGAUUGUUUCGGCUAAAGUUAAUCUACUUUGUCAGAUUGAUAUACCAACUGGCUUAUCGAGUCAUCGUGUUGAGAAAUAUGUAAGGAUGACAAGAAGUUCGAUAAAUCGAUGUAUAUAGAUUAUUCUGAUAAUGUAGCAUGACUUCUAACAUAAUCAAUUUGUACAAAUACAUAUGUUGAUUUCA